AUGGCGAUUCAGAAGAAGCAUGGAAAAGGUCGUUUGGAUAAGUGGUAUCGGCUAGCCAAAGAGAAGGGUUACCGUGCCCGUGCUGCUUUCAAGUUGAUCCAAUUGAACCAAAAGUAUGGUUUCCUGGAGAAGAGCAGAGUCUGUAUCGAUCUUUGCGCUGCGCCUGGUUCAUGGUGUCAAGUUGCCGCAGAGUACAUGCCAGCACAGAGUCUGAUUAUCGGUGUCGAUCUCUCUCCAAUCAAACCCAUCCCCCGAGCCAUUACUUUCCAGAGCGAUAUCACAACGGAAAAAUGUCGCGCAACGAUCAAGUCCCACAUCAAGCACUGGAAGGCAGACAUUGUUCUUCACGAUGGCGCUCCCAACGUCGGUGCCGCCUGGGUACAGGAUGCUUUCUCCCAGGCUGAACUGGUUCUGGAGUCCCUGAGACUCGCCACCGAUUUCCUGGCCGAGGGCGGAAGCUUUGUCACCAAGGUCUUCCGUUCCAAGGAUUACAACCCCCUGCUGUGGGUUUUCAAGCAGCUGUUCACUUCCGUCGAGGCCACCAAGCCUCCUUCGUCCCGUAAUGUCUCUGCCGAAAUUUUCGUCGUCUGCCGCGGAUACAAGGCCCCUAAGCGUAUCGACCCCAAGUUCCUCGACCCUAAGCACGUCUUUGCUGAACUUUCUGCCCCUACUCCCAACUACGAGGCGAAGGUUUUCAACCCGGAGAAGAAGAAGCGCAAGCGUGAAGGUUACGAGGAGGGAGACUACACUCAGUUCAAAGAGCUCCCUGUCACCGAGUUCAUCAACACAACAGACCCCAUCUCGAUUCUGGGUGGUUACAACAAGCUCAGUUUCCAGCAACCUCCCGGUGGAGAUCUUGCCAUGUCUACUCUUGAACGUCUAGAGGACACUACAGAGGAGAUCCGGACUUGCUGUGAGGAUCUGAAGGUUCUCGGUAAGAAGGAGUUCCGUAACCUACUCAGAUGGCGAAUCAAGGUUCGCGAGAAGUUCGGUCUCGUUGUCAAGAAGAAGACCCAGGAGGGAGAUGCGGAAGAAGUCGCCGAAGUCGCCCCCAUGGACGAAGAGUUGGCCAUCCAAGAAGAUCUUAUGCGCAUGCGCGAGCAGGAGACUGCCAAGGGCAAGAAGCAAAGACGCAAGGAAAACGAAAAGAAGCGCAAGGAGAUUGUCCGUCUGCAGAUGAACAUGACCACGCCUAUGGAAAUUGGUAUGGAGCAGCCUGGAAUGGGAGGCGAUGACACAACUUUCUCUAUUAAGCGCGUCGACCGUGAGGGUGCCAGAGACAAGGUCUUCAACGCUCGUGACCUUCAACCCGAAAGUGAAAGCGAGGAUGAUGAAGAUGAUGAAGAUGAGGAGAGCGAUGAUGAAGGCGAUCGUCUUGAGCGGGAGCUUGAUACUCUGUAUGAGAAAUACCAAGAGCGCAAGGAAGACAAGGAUUCGAAAUUGCGUGCCAAGAAGAACCGCAAAGAAUACGAAAAGGACGAAUGGGACGGAUUCUCUGACGAGAACAAGGGCAGCGAUGAUGAGCAGGAAGAGGAACAGGAAGACGAGGACGAAGACGAAGAGAUGGCCGACUCAAACACAGAACCUCGUCCCGGAAACCUCUCAAACAACGCCUCCCUGUUCUUUGAUCAAGAUAUCUUCCAAGACCUAGGAGUCGAGGAAGACGACGAGGAGGAGGAAGAAGAGCAGGAAGAGGAGGACGAAGGCGACAAUAUCUUCGAAAUGGACGAUGAUUCGGACGUCGAGAAGGCCCCUGUUUCUAAGCAAAAGAACAAGAAGGAUGCUAAGAAGAACGCCAAGAAGGACUCGGAAUGGGAAGAUGAGUCUGAUCAGGGCGAGCCUGUCGACCUUGGAGAUCCGAAGAACGCCAAGGGCCAGCUGGAUAUCGAUAUUAUUACUGCUGAAGCUAUGGCUCUUGCGCAGUCAAUGGCUACCGGUGAGAAGAAGUCGAACGACAUUAUCGACGAUGGCUUCAACCGAUUCUCCUUCCGUGACGUUGACGGUCUGCCCGAGUGGUUCAUUGACGACGAGGGCCAGCACAGCAAGAUGGUCCGUCCCACCACCAAGGCUGCCGCCGCUGCCAUCAGAGAAAAGAUGCGUGCCAUCAAUGCUCGUCCCAUCAAGAAGGUCAUGGAGGCCAAGGGCCGUAAGAAGUACAAGGCCGCCCAGCGCUUGGAGAAGCUCCGCAAGAAGUCUGCACUGUUGGCAGACGACGAGGCUCUCAGCGAGCGUGACAAGGCCGGUGCUAUUGCCAAGAUCAUGAGCAAGGCUGGCAAGAAGAAGCCCAAGCAGGAAGUCAAGUUGGUUGUGGCCAAGGGUGCCAACCGUGGUAUCUCUGGUCGUCCCAAGGGUGUCAAGGGCAAGUACAAGAUUGUGGAUGCCCGUAUGAAGAAGGAUAUUCGUGCAGAGAAGAGAUUGGCAAAGAAGAAGAAAUAG